UUUGGAAGAGACAAGCUUCUCGAGCUCGAUCGAGAGGUCUGUGGAUGCAGCGGAUGCGACAUUACACCAUCUGGCCUCAGCUAAGGAAACGUUUGGUGACUUGGAGGCUGCUUAUAGGACCUUCAAGCACGAGCUGGAAAUAGUGAAAACUGAGCAUGCUGCACAGGGCAAAGGGUGCCUCAGAUGAACAACUAAAUCAGACACGAGCAGAAUGCAAAAAAUAUCAAGAAGAACUGGUAACGAUUAAGCACACUCUUGCGGAGAGAGACUGGGAGAAGGAGAAUCUCGCGCACGAGGUGACCUCGUGUAAGAACACCGCUAAUGUCUUACAAAAGGAAAAGGAGGAGUUGGAGAAAGAGUUUGCGAGUCUGCAGCAAGAGAUGGCGUCCAUGUCAACGGCAGUUAUCCAAAGAUCCACACUGGAGGAUAAUGAACAACUCCUUGCUGCGAAACAAGAAGCUGCCCACUGGGAGGAGAGUUACAACUGUUUACUGCAAGAGAAGGAAAACUUUCAGAAUGAUUUAGUGGAGAUACAAGACAAACUCGCCAAUAUUCAGGCAGAAUACGAGAGGUCACAGAGGGAACUGAUGAGUUGCAGUAAAAAUUACAAAAUUAAGGUAUCAAAACUGGAGAUGCAGUUACAAAGCGCAACCAAACAGAGAGAAAAUUUCAAGGCACAGCUAAGUGAUUCGCGCGAUGAACUACGCCAAAACAAAGAUACACACUCUCUACUGCAGAAGAAACUCCUCGAGAUACAACAACAAGCUGACAACGCUAAGGAACAAUUUUCAGCUAAACAACGCCAAGUAGAAAAACUUGAAGUCGCCAACAAAGAUCUCGUGUCUAGGAUGGAAGAUUUAAAGGAGGAGAUGAAGAAACAGAGAAUGUCUUUGGAAUUGCAUGCCACGCAAAAAAAAGGUGUUGAAACAGAGUUGAACUUGUCGCAGUCAAAAGUUACCGAGUUGGAUACUGGUUUACAAUCAGUAAAAACUGAAAAAGAUGAUCUCCAGAGACAGCUAUUUGCUGUGUCAAGUAAGCUUACAACUACGGAAGAGACUAAUAGGAAGAUUCUCGAGAGAAUGACAGAACUUGAAAUGGAGAAUUCGAAACUGCGCGAUACUGUUUCGGAACUAGAAUCAGAAAUAUUUGCUCAAGGAAGAAAAGUAUCACAGUUGGGACCUAGUUAUGCUCAGGCCCAAGAUGAUAACGAAAGGCUUAGUAUUAAACUUGAAGAAUCUUCAAUUAAAAUUAGCCAGCUGGAGUCCAGCUACGAAGCAGUAGUUAGCGAGAAAGAUGGACUACGGGAAGAGCUCACUUUAUCUGAACGACGAAUUACUGAGACAAAGUCUCUAUUACAGAAAACUGAAGAUGUUUGCAACGAGUUAGAAGAGAAGAUGGCAGCAAUGAAAAGUCAGAUGUUUAAGUGUGAAGGGCAAAGAGAAAGUCAGUCUAAACAGAAGGCAAACCUAAAAGCCGAGCUGGAAGAAGAGAGGUCCAAGGUCACAAAAUUAAAAGCAGAGCUUGCAAGAAUAAAAAGUCGUUAUGAUGAGUUUCAGAGAAACGCAGAUCUAAAGCUAAAGGAGUCCGGCAACAAAGAUAAAACUAUCGAGAAUUUGAGAGCCUCCGUGAUGGCGCACGAGCUGAAGACAGAAUCUCUACUCAGUGAGGUUACCAAACUCCAAGCACAGAUUGAGAUUACGGAGGAAGAGAAAAGAGAACUGCGAGAGGAGACUUUAGACGCGCAGAAAAGAGUCCGAGAUGCGGCUGCCGAAAACCGACAGACGUCCGAAGAGAACGAAAAAUUAAACCUUGAGGUUCAGUCGUUUUACAAAAGAUUAUCCGAGCUACAAGCCUCUUUCAACACAUGUGAGCAUGAAAAGUUCGAUUUCCAACACCAAACCAUGGCUUUACAGCAGAGGGUUAGUAGGCUGGAGGCUGAGAUCGACGAAUCUGUCAAGCAGCGCUCUGCGAGCGAAAUACGAAUCCAGGAAUGCACUGCCACCCACAAUGCCGUUACUCAAGAGAUAAAUUUACUUAAGAGUCAGCUGCUCGAGCAGCAGUCUGUCAACAAUGACCUCCGCAAGGAUAUAGCAGAAAAAGACGCACUGUCCAAACAGCUUCAAGAGGAAUUAAAUGUGCUUAACGUCGACUCCGACGCUUGCCAUAAAGAGCUGAAAAAUGUGAAGAACAUGCGGGAAAUGAGUGAAAAGGAGAAGAAAAUGUUACACAAUGACCUUGUGAGUAAACAGGAGGAGUACUCAAGAGCACAGGCCCUUUAUGAAGCAACGUUAAAACGUAAAGAGCAGCUAGAGGCAGAACUCAAUACAGCACAGAACCAGAUUGCGAACAUGGAAUUGUCUUUGAAGAGGUCUGCAGCCGCUGACAAGGCUAGAGAACUGGAUCACGAGCGAUCGCGGGCAAGUGAGCUUGCCAAACAAUUAGCAACAUAUAAAAGCAAAGUCAGCUCACUGGAAUCUCUGUCUGAGAUUACGAAGAACGACAUUCAAGGCGUCCUCGACGAAUUAGAAGAAGCAGAAAACAAAAUGUCUGUUUUGAAGCAAGAGCUGGAGGAGACGGUGGCAAAUAAAGAAGAACGGGAGCAAAAACUAAGCCUUUUGGAGAAACGGAACUCUGAGCUUGAACAAGAAGUUUUGAUGUGUCGACAAAUUAAAGAGAGAUCAGAAGAAGAACUUCAUCUUAUGAGAACGAGGAUCGCAAAAUAUGAAUCACAAAUCGAAACUAUUCAAGAUCAGAGAGCACAGCUCAAGGAACAACUUGAUGCAAACAGCGCUAAGCUUGUUUGUGAUAAAGAUCAAAUUAUGCGACUGGAGAGCCAGGUUAUCGAAGAAAAGAAGAUUAAGGAAACCGUUAACAAAGAGAUUGUCAGGAAAGAGCAGCUCGCAGACGAACUUCAAGUGAAAAUCAGAUCUACAGAAGCGGAAUUAGAGAAGGCAAAAAAUGAACUUAUUACCAUAAAAGUGACAAAUGAGGGGCUGAGAGCAGAGAAAAGCGAGUACGAAGGCAGGUUAACAUCUUUGCGAGAGAAACUUCAACAACGUGAGACAGAAGUGUUUGCGCUUAGAGACUCAGUCAUGAGGUUAGAGCAAGAAAUAAGUAGUUCUAAAUUAAGGACUUCGAGUCUAGAAGCCCGGAUAUCGAACCUUGAACUUGAUAAAAAUGACUACAAAACCCGAUGGGAGGAGUCCCAAAGCGGACUUGCAAGGCUAAAGACGGAUAUAAAGGUUUGUCACAGCCAGAUCCAAGAUAAGGAGAGAUCGUGUGAAACUUUACUCUUAGAGUUAAAGGAAAAGGAGACUGCUUUAGAAAAGGCUAUGAAUGACAAAAUCAUUAUGGAAACGGCCGUAUCAGCAUUGCAACAGGACUUGGAAAUCAUGAAAGCUAAUUAUGAAAGAAGUCAGUCCAGAGCGAAAAGUCUCGAGGAUAGCUUAGAUGAGGCUAACACUAGCAUCUCUAAACUGGAGUUAAGUAGUUUCUUGAGUGAAAAUGGAGAACUUGAGAAGUCUUCUGAUGAGAAGUUAUGGGAAACUGAAGCGUUAUAUCGGCAAAGUCAAGAUAGAGAAAGUUCACUGCGAAAGAAAAUUGAUGACUACAAGAUUAAGAUUAAAAGACUCGAGUCUGAGAAUAGAAAUACUCAACAGGAAAAUAUGGAACACAACCGCGAGAUCAGCCUCCUUCAGAGAAGAGCACAAGAGUAUGAGCUGAAAAUCGAGAAAUUCGAACAAGAGAAGAGAGCUUUGAAAGAAGAGCUGAUUGGGCAGCAUGGGAAAUUGUCCGAUCUGGAAGUGAAAUAUGAAUAUGAGAUCCGUGAGAAGGACUCAGUCAAACGCCAACUUGAAAAUGCACUUCAAAGAGUAUCAGCGAGCCGAGAAGAGUUUUUAGAAAACGAUAAACAACUUAUAGAGCAAAGAAUCGGAGCAGACACCAUAAAGAAAGAGAUGGACGAGAAGGUUCUCAUGAUCGACCAACUGAAAGCUAGCAAACUCUACUUAGAGGAAAGCAUCCAGAGUUUAAAACAAACUUUAGCUGCAUCUCGAGAAGAAUGCGAAAGAAUGAAGGUUGAGAAGGACCGCUUACAACAGGAAAUUUUGACCCUUGAAGCGUCCAACACAGAAUACGAAACACGAAUCCAAAAGCAAGCCCAUGAAAGAGAUCGAGUAAAACUCGAGCAUCAGUCUGCUUUGUCGAAGAUAGCGUCACUGGAACAUCAAGUAAUGGAACAAAAUAGAGAGACUGAAUCACUUUGUGGAAAGGUGGAAGAAUGGAAGAACAAUUCAUUGAUACAUCAAGAAAGUAAAGUGACAGCAGAGGAGCACAUUGCGGAUCUAGAGGCCAACAUAGAUCGACUCAAGACCGAGGCCAUCGAGAAAGAUGCAGAUACAAGAGAGCUUCACGGAAGGUAUGCUAAACUGGAAAUCGAAACUGAUGCUCUGAGGAAGAAACUAUACAGGGUCGAAACGGAGAAUGGUGGGCUGGCUGAACAAUGCAGAAGUCUUGAGGCUCGGAAUAAGUCUUUAUCACGACGUGAGGCUGAUGAAAGUGCAAGUUCUGUUUUACAAGAAAAAGUUUCAAAUCUUGAAAGAGAGAUUAAGAUGCAAAAAAGAAAAAUUGUCGAUUUGGAAGCCAGCAGCCGAGAAUAUGUUGCAAAAGAAGGGGAACUGCAAGAAAGUUUGUACGCAGCUCGUGACAAAGUUUCAAAAUGGGAAUCGAAAUACAGCGUGGUCGUAGCGAGAAAAAACGAGAUAGAACAAGACCUCAUCGCACUGCAAAAAGAAUUCACUCCGUUAAAGGAUGAUCAUCGUCAUUCUGUUGUCCAGUUGGAAACUGUUCAUGGCGAAAUGCAAGAGGCUAAAAACAAGGUCUUAAAAUUGGAAAUGGAGGUGAAUUCAGCUGAUAAUAUGCGAAGGCAGUUAGAGCUUAGAGUUCAAGAGUACAUAGAAAAGCUCAAAAACAGAGACAAUGAGCUGUUAACAGCUCAGUGCGGUUUGCAAGAGGCCCGAUUGCUUCUUGAACACAGAGGCGUGACAAGGGAAGAAAAUGGAUACAGCUCGGCAAAUGACAACCAAAAGCUUCAAAAGGAUGUUUUCGUGCUCCAGCAGGAAUUAAAUAGCACACAGGGUUUAUUGACAUCAGCAAUUAGGGAAAAAGAUGAAUCCUGCAAAGAAGUGUUUAACCUAAAGAGAGUUGUCACAGAGCUGCAAGGAAAACUGGAAGCAUCACAACAGGAGAUUCUAGAACUCCAAACUAGCGUCACUGGUUACCAAAGAAAAAUGACAACGUCUGAUGAAGGAUUCCAGAAGGCACUUCUUGAGCAAUUGACGAUCAAGACUCAGCUGGAUGAGGCUAACAAAAAGGUUGCUUAUAACAAAGAGGAAUUCUAUGAAACGCAGAGGGAGCUUUCCAGCCUUAGAGGUUUGGUUGAAAAUUACAAAAAGGAGCUGGCGAAUAAAGAUAGCUUCUACAGACAGCAAGGCACGAAAGUAAGGCUCCUGGAAGAGGAAUUACGAUCGUUCAAGCUAAGGAUCGCUAAUGGAAGUAAUGAUUAUCACACUAUGAAUCAAGAGUUAGCAAAACUGAGACUCAAGCUCGAUGAGAAAGAUAACUGCAUUUUAAGUUCAGAAGAAAACGUGAAGCGGCUUAUUCAAGAAAACAGCAAGCUCCGUUUCGAAAUAUCUGACGUUCAGGAUCUUGAAACAAAGCAAAGGCACGAUUACAACGAGUCAAGGCAUAAGACGGAAUGCCUUCAAGAAGAAAUUAUAUCGUUGCGUGAGAAGAUGUCGUACUUGGAAGCGCAGAGCUCUACUAAAGAAGAAGAACUUCAAGACUGCAGAAAAGAAUCGCUUAUGUUAAAGAGGACUAACUUUGAAAUCAAGUCCCGUUAUGAAUCACUUCAGAGACAAACACAACAAUUACAAGAGGAGUUGUCGAUGUCAAAAGCUAAGCUUAGCAUUGUCGAACAAGAAACCAAGAACAGUUCGCACAUUUCUUUUUCAAGUGGGACAAUGAAGGAUGGAACCAUAGGAGAAACCACAACCCAUUUGCGAAGGACGGACAAUGAGCUUCAAGUACAGCUUCGGAAAGAGAAUGAACUGAAGAGAUUGAUAGAUGAGGCCAAAAAGAGAAAUGACACUUUAACUGCUGAACUUGUCAGUAACGGAAACGACGGAAGAAAUUCUGAUGCACUAUCUAGAGAAAGGGUGCUUGCUUGCAGUCUUCAAAAUGAAAACGACUUACUCAAGAAAGAAUUAUCACAAUACAUGGAUAACUACCAUCGAGCGUACAAAGAAAAACAAAAACUUGCAACUGAAUUCCACGACCUCCAGCUUCAAAUGUCUCGCUGGGAAACAAGUUACCAUGGAAUAAAACGAGAGAAAGACGAUCUUUAUUUCCAGCUUACUGAGUUACAAAAGCGGUUCGAUCAGUUACAAGAAUCGUCACAAACUGAGAAGCAGGUUAUUCGAUACGUUGGCUCUUCCACCGAUAGAUUUGGUGUCACUGAUCAGAAUAUAGGUAUGCAAAAACUUAAGGACGAGAAAGGUAGACUCUCUGGCGAGGUAGCCUCCUUAAAUCUGCUGCUUUCAUCUUACAAAGAAAAACUCGAUUCGCUUCACUCGGAAAAAGUGCAGCUCCAUGCUAACCUUGAAGACUCUAAGAGGAAGGUAUUCAACCUCGAACAAGCUAACCACACCCUCACCACAGAGAAGUGUCGACUGGAGCACCAGGUUUCCAUGACACCUGAGAUAAACAAUAAUCGGUCGGAAGAAUUGGACAGGAGUUUGCAGUCAGAAAGAUUCCAGGAGUGCAUCUACGAACUAGAAAAGGAGACAAGAAAGUUGAAAGCAGAAAAUGACUAUCAUCAGAAGAUUAUGGAGAAGAAAGACGCAAACUUGAGUGAACUUCGCUCGCAAAUAUUGUCCUGGCAGAAAGAGGUAGAGAAACUGGAGAAAGAGUUGUUCGUGGCUAAAGAAGCGUAUGAGAAGUCCGACAGACGAAUGAAAGAAAUCUUCAGUUCUCAACACGAGCCCCUGACGGUUGAAGAUCUUCGAGGCCUAGUCAGCGCCUCACCAAUUCUAAGCAUGCGCAGCAUAUCGGUGACCGAACAAAGCAUUUCAGGGAGAAAUUUGACUGGAGACCGCAGCAUAAGCUUAAGUAACAUUUAUCCCCUAGAUAGCUUUAGCAGUUCAAUUCACUUUUAA